AUUCCCCCAAUCUCUAUAGCCAUUAAGGCAGGCGCAGGAUAAAGAAUGAGCCAGGAACAUAGUCCAACGCACUCAAAUCGGAGCGAAAUAGAGCAAAGUUCAAAUCUACAAACGAUACUUUAUGGAACGAAUUGGUCAUUUUCCACUCAUACGAAGGUGAUGAAUGAAAGGUCGAAAGUGGUCUAAAGCAAUUGCACCGGUGGUUGGCAUGUGUUUUGAUAGUGUUCAAGCAUUUGAUAAAUUCUACAAUGCGUAUAACCUAGCAAAUGGAUAUCAUACAAGAAAACACACGAGUAGAGAGAACGACUACUUUAGGUGGGUGUGUCAUAAAGUAGGCUUCCACAAGGCAAAACCAAGCUACAAGGUAUGGGAAGAAUCAGAAGCAUAUGGAAUUUGCCGUAUUGCCGUAUACAAGAAGCACGAGUAAAGUAAAGAGAAUGACUACUUUAACAUAUAUUGAGAGCAUACGGUCCAAAGCAGAAGCAUAUGGAAUUUGACGUAUUGUACCUCCUACCUCAUGGAAACCUCCAUGUCCCCUCAAGGAGAAGAAGGUAUGGGAAGAGUCAGAAUUUAGCACUCGUAUACAAAGGAUUGACAAACUUCAGAAUCGAGAUUCAAUAACAAAAAAAGCAAAAGCUAAUCAUUAUAAGAAAAGGAAGAGGAGAAGGUUCACUAAAGCUAACAAUACCAAGACCCACUGCGAUGCUGAAAAUGACGAGUCUGAGGAGAAAUUUGGAUUUGAAACUGGUCCGGACUACACUCUAGAUUCAUUUCAGAAAUAUGCCGGUGAUUUCAAGGCCCAAUACUUUGGAAAGAAUGAAGGUAAAUGGGAGCCGUCAGUGGAAGAUAUUGAGGGUGAAUAUUGGCGCAUGAUCCUGAAACCCACUGAAGAAGUUGAGAUAUCUUUUUCUUCAUUCUUUUUGUAUAGUGUUUAUAGAUUUGAUUUUAUUUGCUUAUGACAUUAUAUAACUCAAAAACUUCAUCUGUCCAUACCACUUUUUGCUUGCUAGGUUCUUUAUGGGGCUGAUUUGGAAACUGGAACAUUUGGCAGUGGGUUUCCAAAACAAGUACAUCAAAUCAGCUCUGCUGCUGAGAUGAAAUACAUAAAAUCAGGAUGGAACUUGAACAACUUCCCAAAACUCCCCGGUUCAGUUCUUUCAUAUGAGAGCAGUGAUAUUUCUGGCGUUCUUGUGCCUUGGCUGUAUGUAGGAAUGUGUUUUUCUUCAUUCUGCUGGCAUGUUGAAGAUCACCAUCUGUACUCUUUGAAUUACAUGCAUAUGGGAUCUCCAAAAUUGUGGUAUGGUGUUCCUGGGGCAGAUGCUUUGAAGCUGGAAGCUGCUAUGAAGAAACAUUUGCCAUCCCUCUUUGAUGAACAGCCGGAUUUGCUUCAUAAGCUUGUCACACAACUCUCUCCUUCCAUACUCAAGUCUGAAGGAGUACCUGUAUAUCGAUGUGUUCAGAACUCUGGGGAAUUUGUUCUCACCUUCCCUAGAGCUUAUCAUGCUGGUUUCAACUGUGGAUUCAAUUGUGCUGAAGCAGUAAAUGUAGCUCCAAUGGACUGGUUACCUCAUGGACAGAAUGCUAUAGAGAUCUAUUCAGGUCAAAAGCGCAGGACGUCCAUUUCACACGACAAACUCUUGCUUGGCGCUGCAAGGGAUGCUGUCAGAGCACAAUGGGAACUUAGUUUACUGAGGAAGAAUACUUCAGCUAACUUGAGAUGGAGAGAUGUUUGCGGAAAAGAUGGGGUUUUGUCUCAUGUGUUAAAGAACGGGUGCGGAGGGAAUUUACUUGCAGUUCCUCAGACAUUAAAGAUGGAAAGCACUUUCGAUGCAACUUGUGAGAGGGAAUGCAGCAUAUGCUUCUUUGAUCUGCAUCUCUCUGCAGCUGGGUGUCACAACUGCUCACCAAAAAAAUAUGCAUGCUUGAACCACGCAAAACAGCUGUGUUCAUGUCCGGAUGCUUCCAGAUUUUUCUUAUUUCGUUACGAUAUCACCGAGUUAAAUCUGUUGGUAGAAGCUUUGGUAAGGAAACUUAGUUCAAUAUAUCGAUGGGCAAGGCAAGAUCUUGGUCUCUCCAUGAGUUCAUACCUAAACAACAAAGAGUUAACCAAACCAGUUAACCAAAUUCAAGUUGAUCAUACUUCUGAAAAGUGUCCAUCAAACAAAACAGUUUCUACAGAAAGCAAGCCCAGAGUAAGAGCUUCUGUUCCCGGGGAUGAUGAUGAUGUUAUCGUUCUUAGUGAUGAUGAGAAUGAGGAGACGGGGACAACAGUUGUUGGGAAUUCCCAAGGGGGUACAAGUUGUGCUCUAGAAAGUUCUGAGGGUUCUCAUAGUGCUGAGAAAGUGGGUGUAGAUGUAAAGUCAAGGUCAAUGGAUUUUGCACAAGCAUCAUUACAUCCUCAAGUUAAUGCUGAUGGAUGUUUCAGAAAAAAAGGCCCUCGUAUUGCUAAAGUGGUGAGAAAAAUGAAUUGCAAUGUUGAAGUUCUUGAUUAUGGAGUUAUUCACCCGGGAAAGUUAUGGUGUGAUGUUCGUGCCAUUUACCCAAAGGGAUUUAGGAGUCGCACCAGAUACAUAAACGUUUUAGAUCCAACCAGCACAUGCAAUUAUGUCUCUGAAAUUCUGGAUGCUGGACAUUAUGGACCUUUGUUUAUGGUCUCCUUGGAGAAUUGUCCGAGUGAAGUUUUUAUUCAGUUGUCCGCAGGAAAAUGUUGGGAAAUGGUAUUGGAAAGACUUAACCGACAGAUUGCUACACUAUGUAAGAUGGGUAAAAUAAAUCUUCCUCCCCUCCAACCUCCUGGAAGCUUUGAUGGCUUGGAAAUGUUUGGACUUUCUUCUCCGACAAUCGUCCAGGCAAUUCAAGACAUGGACCAUGAUAGGGCGUGUUUGGAGUAUUGGAAUUCACGGCCAUCUGAGGAGAUUCAACAAGGGUCUGCUGUGUUUGGGCCUUUGGGGACGACCAGAAACCAAAACCAGGAGAUGAGGGUGGUAGAUCAUUACUUGGUCUCUUUAAGAAGGCCAGCGACGAAGAACUUGAAGCACUACACCGUCUACUACAAAGCCAUCCCUCAUCAACCGAUCGAGGCUUAGUGGCUCGGCUUCUAAACGACGAGAUCCAUAGGCCUAAAGGAUGAUCCUCUAUUUUGAAAACAUGGGUAUAGUUUUUUCUUUAUAUAUUUUUUUUUGGUUAAAGAUGGGUUUUUUACAUACUUUCUCCGUCCCGAAAUGUUUGCAUCAUUUACUUUUUCGGUGUUGCAGGAACUUUUGUUUAUUUCUACGUUUUCAUUGAUUAUUUGAUAAAAUAAAAUAUUCUUGACACUCUUAUUUCGAAGAACUUUUCAUGUAGCUUUUUGAUAUGUAAAUUUUAUUUUUUAUUUCUAUACCAAUAUGUAAAUAAAAUGAAUUGAAGAAACUUGAUAUUUUGCCUCGAGAAUAUAAGUGGCAAAUAUUUAGGGACGGAGGAAGUAGUAAAAUCUGAGCCCCAAUUUUGGUCAUUCAUGAUGGAUUUGCAGGGUGAUUUCCCUCUGCAUAUGUAAACACAUUGCAGGAGCUUCCUUUAUAU